AUGGCGUCAACCACGCCCACCACUCCAGAUACCCUCGUCACAAUGAAGAUCAAUAUCGAGGGCAGCAAUAGCAGAUUCAAGCUUCCUCUUCGCGAUCUUGUCCCUGGCACUCUCCCACAUAAGCUCCGAUCCCUCCUUAGUAUUCCAGCUACCUCCGAGGCUAUCUUCGAGCGGUACUCCGAUUCCGCCGCUACCUUCAUUGUGCUCGACCCAAACAAUGCAUCAGUCUAUAAGCAACUCUACCGUGCCGCCAAGGCUAAGCUAAAGCUCCGUCUCAAGGUCACCGUCAUACACAAGGAGCCAGUUGCACCUAAGCCAGCUACUGUUGAAGAUGAGAAGCCACGUCCAGUCAGCCCAGUCGCGGGACCAUCCAUCUCAGUCAAGCCAAUCCCGACACCUGCUCCAGCCCCUGCGGCGGAGUCUACCGUCAGCUACCCGGAGAAGGCUGUCUAUUCAGGAACGGUCGCUGAGAUUCAACGUGGAUUUGAGGAGCUCCUGAUCAAUGGUUCUCAGCGCGCUUCUGCCAGUCACGCUUCCACUUUCACUACCCAUCCUCCGAGCAGCUCCACCUGCUGUAGCAAGAUGAACCCUGCGAAGAUUCCAGUCCAGAAUACCAAGAUCCCGCUCAUUGGUGUCGGUUUUACUGACGACAACUGGUAUGGUCCACCUGUUGCCUUGUCUGGCCGAGUCAAUGAGCGUCUAAAUGCUCCUUGCACCACGCCUGUGCCGGUCUCUGAAGUUCCCGAGACGGUCAGCGUCUUCUCUGUCUACUGCAACAACUGCCAGGCUACGACUUCAGAUGUUCACUACCAUUGCAGCACUUGCGAUGACGGUGACUUUGAUCUCUGCCAAGCUUGCGUCGAUAGUGGGGUUUCAUGUAGUGGCGAUGAGCACUGGUUGAUCAAGCGUUUCGUCAAGAACGGACAGGUCAUUAAUAGCACUACUGAGAAGGUUCCCUCGAAAUCGAAGCUCGGAGAGAAGAAGGAUAAGACCACUGUCACAUCAGUGGAAUUCCUCGAGGACCCACUUGCUACACGCACAUGCAACUCUUGCAUUUCAGAGCUUUCCGAGGAGAACUUUGUGACCUGCACCACUUGUCCAGACUACGACUUGUGCAUCCCUUGCCACGUAAGCAUGGAGCACGGUCACCACCCCAAGCAUGCUUUCGAGCCAGCUGUUGAGGAUUUCAACCUUGACUCGGUUGCUAAGGCACUACUUGCUCCGGGUCGCAACACUGGUCAUAACGCUAUAUGUGAUGGAUGUGACAAGUAUAUCUACGGUGUUCGUCACAAGUGCCUCGACUGCCCAGAUUGGGAUUUCUGCUCCGCUUGCUACCCAAAUGCGAACUUCAUCCACCUUGGUCACCGAUUCGUUCCUAUCUACGAACCACUCAACGAUCUCUCCGUUCUGUCCAGAUCAUACACCUCGAAGGCUCGCCACCACGGCAUCUACUGCGAUGGACCACUCUGCAAUUCCGCAAACGGAAUUCAGUCCUUCAUCAAGGGUGACAGAUACAAGUGCGCAGUCUGCCAUGAUACCGACUUUUGUGCCAGCUGCGAGGCCAGCCCAUCUAACUCGCACAACCGCACUCACCCCCUAAUCAAGUUCAAGACUCCUGUCCGAAACGUUAGUGUGACAACUGUCGGUGAUCAUCAGGAUGGUCAACGCAUGCCAGUCAUGGGCGACCGUCGUUGCACUCGUACUAAAUCAAAGUCUACCGAGACGGUGACUGCUACCUCGACCAACGCUGCAACUCAGGUUCAGACCGUUGCUGAUCUCAAGCCAACUGAGCCAGCCAAGGCUGAGGCGGCCCCAGUUAUUGAGGCCGAGAAGCUUCCCGAGACAAAGGAGGAGGCCAAGGAGCUUCCAGCUGCCGUCGUGAAAGAGGAGCUUGUCGCCCACUUCGUCCGUGAUGUCAUCGCUGAUGGCACUGUGCUCCCACCCAACUCUGUAUUCGAGCAAACCUGGUACCUUCGCAACGGCGGCAACACUUCUUGGCCCGCUGGAUGUACUGUCAAGUUCGUCGGUGGCGAUAACAUGUGUGCUGUUGACCCUGCCCACCCAGCCAGCGUUCACGAGCUUGUAUCUGCGGCUGAGAGCACCACUUGCUAUGCUGAGGUUGCUCCAGGUCAGGAGGCUGGCUUCACUGUCCUGAUGAGAACCCCCAACCAGCCCGGUAAAUUCAUAUCCUACUGGCGCCUUACAGGCCCCAAAGGAGACAAAUUUGGUCACAGACUCUGGUGCGACGUCCAGGUUAAGGAACCGGCCUUCAAGGAAGAUGACAAUGCUGAACCUCAUGUCGAGGCUCAAGGUAGUCAAAUGAUCUUCCCGAAGUUGGAGAAGGAGUCCCCGGCUGCCAGCGUCCAUGAGGCUAACUCAGCUCCCGCUGCUGUACCGCUUGCUCAAGAUGAGGUUGACGAGUUUGAGCAGUUCGUUGAAGAUUUCAUUGAGGAUGAUGAGACCGAUGAUGGUUUCAUGACUGAUGAGGAGUACGACAUUCUGGAUGCCAGCGAUGAGGAGUUUCUCGCUGAGCAAGGAAAAGCCCUCAAGAAGUAA